CGAGGCCACAAGGUGGAGGGUAUUGUGAGCAAGCAGGGCGAAUAUGAGGUCUCCCAUGAGUGCCGCCUUCAGGGCCGCUUCUCCUCACACACCAAACUGGUGAAGAACUCAGUGGAUGUGGGCUUCGGUUUGGCUGUGGCGCCCCACUGCGAGGUUGGCUGCGGUGCUGUAUACCAGUGGGAUGGAAAGAAGGACUGCAAUUGGACGGCAUCCUGCCGUUACGCUGACGCUGGGCGACUGGUGGCUGUACGCACGAACAAACUUCAGACGUAUACAACAAGUCUCAUGUCGCCUGUGCCCACAUGUCCACACCCUGUGCGUGUUGGUGCUGAGGUUGAAUGCGGACAUGGUAAGGGCUGGACAGGUACGUUUGGUGUUGAGGCAGCUUGCGUAUUGGUUAAGGGCAACACACUGAAGGCACGUGUGAACAAGAACAAGGAGUGGGCUGUUGCUUAUAUUGCGAAACUGGCCGACAACUGGACUGCCGCCAUUACACUGGACAAGAACCUGAAGCCUGGCGUCCUUCUCACGCACUCGUAA